AUGUCAUGGGUCCAUCGAUCAGAGUUAAAGCAUUUCCGCAAGACUACACAUAUUGUCAGAUUUCUUACUACCACUAUCCAUGAGCUGGUGGGCCACAGAACCGGUAUACUCCUCAGCGAAAUCGCUCCGGGCAUCUACAACUUUGACCAACAAAACCCGCCGAUCAGUCCACUGAACAGGAAAGCCGUGACUUCACACUACUUACCUGGUCAAGCUUGGACUAGCAUUUUUGGAAAUUUGGCAGGCACAGUGGAGGAAUGUCGUGCCAUUCUAGUCUCCGAAUAUGUUAUGGAUAACACGGAUCUGUUGUAUAUUUUUGGGUACACUAAUGCCAGUGAAAUCACCGCUGACGACCUCCUUUAUACCACCUAUCUCAAUAUCGGUGUCGAUGGCCUUCAGGCUCUCGAAUAUUAUAACUUUUAA